AUGACACAGCUUAUCCCUACCACCAAAUACAAAGACAUCUGCACUGUGGUGGAAGAUGAGGAGCCACCUCCCACUGCCGCUCCCCAAACCCUCCGCAACAACCCUACCCUCUCUGGCCGCGCACCCACGCAGCGCCCUAAGGAGAAGUUUCACAACGGCCUCCCUCCCGCCAGCCCGCCCGACGUCCCUCCAACAGCUGGAGGCCCGGGAUUCCGAGAGCAGAAGGAGGAGUUCGACUUCCCGGCGAGGGAGGGGUGCGCGGCCGGAACCGGGGCAGACCGGGCCAAGUCUUCUAGGAGGCUCCCGGGCAGGGAGCCCGGCCUCUCUGGGCUGUCGGGAGACACGAAGUGCUCGGAGAGGGGCAGCUUCUCAAGCCGGGACCUGAACCCCUGGAAAUGCCCUCUCCGCUCCCGCGGGGCCUCCGUCAGCUGGACCCUCAUGCCCUCCCUGGGACAAGCCUCAGAGCGUACGGACGCCGACGUUUCAGGCCGCUACUCACCAGGUCCUUCCAACUUCCCGGCCGUGAGCCUGGACCGCCCCGGGGCGCGGGAACAAGCCCGGUGCCCCGGCGCGUUCCAGGCGCUCCCGCGGAUGCCGGCGCCUUCCUCCCAGCUGGCCCUUCCUACAGGCGCCGGACCCGCCCGCCCGGUGGGGGAAUGAGAGCUGUUCGUUCUGAGUAGAAGAGCAAAGACAGACUUGUCCU